ACCUGCACGUGUUGAACAGCUCUUCAAAAAUGAGUCAUGGUGGUAGUUUGGAUGAUACUGGUGACGAGCACGGCCAUGAUGCACUUGCUAUCACGGCGUUAAUCGUAAUGGGAGCCAUCCUUGCCAUUCAGUAUACUAUCUUAGUGUUGACUUUAUGCUGCAAAGUUUGGGACAGAGCAAAUGGAACCUCUAUUUCAUUUAGACAUCAGUCAGAAGAACCGGAUUCUGAAUUACAGUGUAUAAACAGAUUCCCUUUCCUACCUUCAUAUGAGAUGGCGGUAGGUGAGGAUCGUUCAAGUCCGCCAAAUAUUUACACGACGUAACCAUCUUGGAUGCUAGUAUUGUCAACCAGAUUAUUCACGAUGUAGUAGGCUAGAUGUAGUCCCAAUGACUCGAUGAACAAAGCAGCUGAUCAUCCCAAAUUAAAGUAUGGACACCGCUCGGUAAUCCAUCCGAUGAAGCGUUACAUUGGAGAUAAGGGGUCUCAAUGUAAAAAUUUUCAUUGACUGAAUUACAUGAUAAUUUUGGUAUCAACUGUGCUCUGGAACCAUUCUCUUUAUCAAUACUACUGUAACGUAUAAGAUUUAGUGUAACAUUUCAGACAACUGGAGAAUUUACUGUUAAUGAGUCCAUAUGUUAGAAUAUGUCAUAACAACGGUAUCAACCUACACUCUGUAAGCGCAAUCUUUAUUUACACUACUAUGCCA